CGACUGGCUGGCCUGCAUAGGCGAUUAUCUGUUGUUUAAAAAAUGAAGGCCGGUUGAUGUUCCAUGGAUUGCACGGAGCGCACGAAGCAACGUGCCGAACAGAAAGGUGUACCGAUUUAGUGUCGCUGCCGUUGGAUUGCGGCAAGAUUGGGCUGCUUUGUACUGCACGCUUAUGAAAUGAUCGGCUAAGAAUAAUAGAAAUAAAUCUACUCGAACUAUGAUCUUGUCUUUAAUCAUUAAUAACAAUGGAUGACGCUAUAGAUAUACCAGUAUCAUCAAUAAGUAAAUUGGCGCGAUGGAACGUUCAGUGCGUGGGGCCAUGGUUCAUCGGUCAUUGGGAAGGCCAACCUGUGGAAAAGGCAGAAGACAUUUGUCUACAAGAAGAUUCCGACUCGGAAGAAGAAUUAACCACGAAAUUUGAUAAAGAUGAUGUGCAGUAUCUGCGAGGGUUAGAUCCCAAAGAAUGGAAGGACCAGGAUCAUUAUGCUGUAUUGGGUCUGAGCAAAAUGCGCCACAAAGCAACGGAAGAAGAUAUAAAAAAAGCGUAUCGAAUGAAAGUUUUGAGACACCAUCCAGAUAAACGGAAAGCACUGGGAGAAGAAAUACGUCCAGAUGACGACUACUUUACGUGCAUUACCAAAGCCUGGGAAAUCUUGGGAAAUCCUCGCAGCCGGCGAUCUUUUGAUUCAGUUGAUCCAGAGUUUGAUGAUGGUGUUCCUUCAAAUAAUGAAAAUUCAAAAACUAACUUUUUCGAAAUAUUUGCACCAGUUUUUGAAUUAAAUGCUCGUUGGUCAGAAAAGAGGCCAGUUCCCAAAUUGGGGGAUCUUGAUUCAUCACGUGAUGCUGUGGAGGAAUUCUAUGCAUUUUGGUAUAAUUUUGAAUCCUGGAGAGAGUAUUCUUAUUUAGAUGAGGAAGAGAAGGAAAAAGGACAAGCGAAAGAAGAAAGAAGAUGGAUUGAAAAACAAAAUAAAGCUGCAAGGGCAAAGUUAAAGAAAGAAGAAAUGUCUAGAAUAAGAUUAUUAGUUGAUACAGCUUAUGCCUUAGAUCCACGAAUUCACAAAUUCAAGCAGGAUGAUAAAGAUAGAAAAUUGGCUGCAAAGCAGGCUAAAAAGGAUGCUGCUCGGGCACGGAUAGAGGAAGAAGAACGUAGAGCUCAGGCUGCAGACGAGGAAGCACGCCGCAUUAAAGCCGAACAGGAAGCUGAAGAGAAAGCCAAACAAAGUGCUUUGAAAGCUGAACGAGAUGCUCAGAAGAAAGCCUUGAAAGUUCUGCGAACUGCCUUACGUAAAUUAGCCAAAUCUAAAGAUUACUAUGCUAAAGACAAAGAAGAAACGGUACACCACAUGGCCAGCUUGGAAAAGAUUUGUGAAUCGUUCCAAGCACAAGAGUUGGACAACUUAAUUAGCAGACUUGCAACAGAAGGCCGCGAUGCAUUUGUAGCUGCAGUGAACGAAGUUGAACGUCGAAUAGAAGAGGAGAGACAAGCUCUGAUGGAUGUAAGCAAACGUGGCAGUACUAGUGGCCCUGGACGAAGUAAGGGAGGUUGUGCCCCAUGGACUCCUGAAGAACUUCAACUUCUGAUUAAGGCUGUGAAUAUUUUCCCUGCUGGGACAAAUCAGAGGUGGGAAGUUGUUGCGAACUUCAUCAACCAACAUCAUUCAGGAGGUGCGAAUGCUCGUUCUGCCAAGGAAGUUUUGUCCAAAGCAAAAGAUCUCCAAAGUUCCGAUUACACUCAAAAUAUUUUGAAAGUGACUGCCAACAAGAAGGCGUACAACAAUUUCGAGAAAGAUAAGGGGAACGUUGAUAUUGGAGCAGCUGCUUCAGAAAGAUUUGAUAUUGCGGGGCUUCCUUCUGCAGAGUUAUCUUCAAUGGCUCUACUAAUGGUUUCACUUUUUGAAGCUCCUGCAGAGCAACAAGGUGUGUCUAUGGCACCAUGGACUGCUACAGAACAACAGUUAUUAGAACAAGCUCUGAAAACGUAUCCUUCAACUACACCAGAGCGUUGGGAGAAAAUUGCUGAGUGCAUACCAACUCGCAGCAAGAAGGAUUGCAUGCGACGAUACAAGGAAUUAGUUGAAAUGGUAAAAGCCAAAAAGGCUGCCCAAGCUGCUGCAGCAACUGUUGGUCAAAAAGAAAAGAAAAGGAGUGUAUUUUUUCGAAUUGUUUUUGAAGACAUAUUCCAGUCUGCACAUUGUCUGAUGGUGGGAGGUGAAUUUGGCAGCCCUUGCUCCUCACGUGAAAACGCUUAUUCUGUGGAUGAUAAAAUUCAACCUCGUGUAUCGCUCAGGCUGCACUCGCGAAACGUGCGCAACCAAAUGCUGAGCAUUGUUUACUAGCGAGAAAUUAGUGAACAGGCGAAUUCGAAGGAAUUUCUACUAAAAGAUGCCAGAAUCAAGAUCACAGCGCGGCGGUGUGACGAGUUUCUUUCGGGGUGUUUAUUAUGAUCCUUUCAAAUGGUCUCUGGUGAAAAGUUUUUCAUUAUUUUUGGUUGGUAUUAGAAUUGCCAGGGAGUGUGUGGGCAUGGAUCUUAUGCCUCCAGUAACUAUGCAAUAGUUUCCUGUCAGAAAUGGAUAACCUAGUUGUUAAAAAAAUGCUGUUAACAGUGAUAUGCUGUAUUGUUUGUCUGAGUGAAAUACAUAGUUCAAAUGUAGUAGUCAUUCUUGCUGAUGAUCAGGAUCUUACAUUGGGAGGUCUUGUAAGUGUCUACUCUUAAAAUUCUAUCAAGUUACUCUGUCAUGGAGGCUAAAGUGAAUAAGUGUGGAUUUAAUUAAAUGAAUGAUCGCACAUCUUAAAGCCCAAAUAGUUGUUGUGAGGAAAGGUUGCACUGUCGAUGUUAUGAACCGAAGUGCAUAGUCUUCAACACCAGAAGUGUGAUUGACUUUUUUUUUAUAGAAAAUACCAAUUUGAGCUCUUGCAUACCUCAUAAUGUGUGAAUAUUUUUCUGUACAUAGAAAAGUUCAAUCAUUUUGUGACAAUCCAUUUCUAAUUUAAAGACUAGACUCAAAAGACUUAGUUCCACUUUACUGUACUCAGUUUAGCCUCUUCAAAUAUGUUGUGUGAGGAUUUGUUCAAGGAAUCUUUUCUGCUAAUUCUCAGCAAUAUGCUAUUCCUUUUGAAAAAGUAUGUGUUGUAAACUGCAAAAUAUCACAACAUGUAUAUAGCAAAUGAGAAACCGAUUGUAUGUAAAUAGUGUCAUGAACAUUAUUAAUAUGGGUACUUACUUCGUAGGAUUGAGGAAUGAAGGAAUUUGAUUGUUAUUACAUGGUUUUAAGCACUUGUAAUUUUAAUUGUUUUGGGACAGAAAAUUAAUGUUUAUUACAGAUUCAUUUUAUUUAUUGGAUUGAAGUAUUUUGAAUUUUCUUGGCAUUGUGUGAUUCUAUAAAUUUAAUUUAAUUACCUAAUAUCCAUGUGUUGCAACCCUUAAUUACUACUUGUAUUUAUGCCAGAGUUAUUCAUUGGUAUUUAUCCUGCAAGUCAGCAGAUAUUGAAGAAAAGUGUCUGGCAAUUUACUUUAUUCAUAUUCCAGUUUCACUUAAAAUUUUUUUAAAGACUGUGAUUGUAUAUGCAGUGUAUUAAUGAAAUAUUUGCCAACAAGUGGGGCCCCUAAGUCACAAUUUGGAGUUAGUUGCACAAUUAGUAGGAGUAUGCUCAGAUGUAUCAUAGUAGAACCUCUGUUAACCAAAAUAAAGGAGAGGGUGGUCUUCUCAGAUAACCAAAAUUUUGGUUAAGAAAGUCAAUUUUUGAAGAUAAAGGUGAAAUAAACAUUACUUUUUCAGCUUGCAUAAUUGACUUUACUCAUUUAAAUGUAAGUGUUCAUAUACACACUAUUUUAUAAUUGCUGGCCUAGUUUUGGGAAAAAAACAUGUAUUCUGUUUUUUCUUCUCACAGUUUUAUAGCGGCGAUAUCUUGGUCAGCUUUUCUUCUCCCUAUUUCUAAGAGCAGCAUUAAGCUGCUGAUUUCAUUUUCUCACACUCUAUGUUUGCAAGUCAUUUUGGUUAAAAGGGUUUUAGUUAAAAGGGGUUCUACUGUAUAUACAAAAUGGGUUGUCUUGAUGUUGGGGUGAAAUAACGAACAUAAUCACUUAAUUGUUUAAUCUGUAAUACUCUCAAUAUUGACAAGUAAGGUCCAAUCACACUCAUUAUUAUGUAAAUAACUCCAUUUCUGACUUCUUGUCCUGUUGAAAUAGUGCCAAGAUCUCCUGUGAAGUCACAUUUUUUUUGGCUCACAUAGCGCUUAAAAAUUGGGUUCUCCCAUGUAAAAUUAUGUAAAAGAAUAGUUGAUUGGAUUCAUUGUAUUCAAUUUAUAAUACCUGUCUGAAACUUGGUUAUAUGGCAACAGAGAAUAUUAUCUCUCAGCCUUUAUAAAAUGGCAACAACAUAUUAAACCUUGAAUGUUGGAAUUCAAAAUUGAUGCACUGUAAUUGUUAUUAAUAAUGUUUCUUUAUAAUGUUAUAUCAAAGGUGUAUCAUUCAAUCUAUUGUCUACAGUGAUCCCAUUUUUAUUUUAUCUAAUAUUCAGAUUAUAACUAUUCAACAUGUUAAUUAAGAUCAGUUUGAUGGAUACUCAUUUUGAAACUUUUUUUUCAUAUCUUUCAGAAGAAGAGUGUUAAAAAAGUACUGUACUAGCAUCAUGAAACUCAUGAAAUAACUUACGUGAGAACGUUGUUUACACAUUUUGUCAUCAUCAUAGUUGAAAUGUUAUAGUUUUUCAGAAAAUCCUCUUUUUUUUUGAACAACCACUUAAUUUAUAUUUUUAAUACGCAGAAUUUUAUUCAAAGCAAUAUUAAGUACAGUGGUCAGCCUCAGAGAAUUCACUGUAGGGAAUAGGUAUAAUAUGUACCAAUCAUUUUUUGUGUACCAUGUUUGUGUGCAUGUUCAACAUUGAGCAUUUUGUACUAUUUGUAUUAUUUGAAGAAUAGGAACUUCUUGAUUUAAAAUU